AUGAUCCAAAAAAACUGUCAUUCCAUUGGUGGAAAACUUGCAUCUGUGCGCAGUACAGCAGAAAACAACUUUCUUCUAAGUCUUGUGUCUGCUAACACACAUGCUUGGAUUGGUGGCCAUGAUGGUGAAAUUGAUGGACAAUGGCUGUGGACUGAUGGAUCUCAAUUUGACUUUACCAACUGGUGCUCUGGAGAACCUAACAAUUAUCGGGGUAACCCUGAGAACUGCCUGGAGAUAAACCAUACCACUAACCGUUGCUGGAAUGAUGCACCCUGUUCAACCGCAAUGGGCUACAUUUGUGCCAAACCUCAGUGAUCAUGAGAAAUCAAUCUGUUUCAAAAGUACUAUGAUUGUACUACAUGCCUAUACAUUUUUUCUAAAUCUUUAAAAUAUCUCUGAAAUUAUCUUUAUAAACUACUAAACCUUUCUGAAAACUUCUUAAAUCAAUAAAAGCAUUUAUAAAG